CAUUUUGACGAAUAAAACGAAGUAAAGAGCGAGAGCGAGAACACAGAAGUGCAAAAAUGUCAGAGAUCGACGCGAAAGUGAACAUGUCGCUCGGUAAGUGGCCAGAGUCUCAAAACUCUAAUGAUUUUGCCAGUAAUCCUGGGUGAGCGUACGGCUCCGCAGUCCUCCCAAUGAUGAGCGAUGAAAUGGCGUCGCCAUGCGUAUACGUGUGCCCGUAUGAGUAUCUGCAUUUGUUUUAUCAUUCCGCAUCUCGGUUCCCGUUUCUUCAAGGACAGCGAAGACAAUACGAAAAAGUACAUCGAGUAAGAAACAGCGGGAUGGUUUCUACGAUCGAUCGACGCAGCGGCGUAUUAAUGUAUUAAGCGAAAGCAUAACAGGAUUGCGAAACAGAAGAUAUUCUUAUUCUUAAAGGAGGAAGAGAGAUAGGGCGAAGGGGACAGCCACAAUUUUUCAUCCUCGUUGCUUUUACGUAACUGUAAUCUUAUUUCGCCGAUUACUUAUUAAUCGCGAUUGCUCUUGUUCGACCCUGGAAGGAAGAAAGGAAUUUUCAGUAGAACAUGAAGUGUUGCCAGAAAUUCUUCAUUCGACUUAAUUAUGAUUGCUCGUAAUUUGUUUGGCCCUCAGGAAGAAAAGUGUUUACGAACAAGCCCAUAGGAAAUUUGAGUAAGAUAUCAAACGGUUAUUUGAUAAACCGCCAAAAAUUUCUUAUGCAAAAGGAGAACGUACGAUGUCUACGAUCAAGAAAUGAAACCAAGAUAUGUCAGGAAUGUCUUGGAAUGGCUCUGCACCCGGAUUAAAACAUGGUGAAACCUUACACCAUUUGCGUCUGCUACACUUCUUAACAGUAGAUCCCGAUUGCACAGACCUAUUCAUUAUCGCAUUAAUUAAUGCACACGUACGAUUAAUUUCUCUUUUGUACACAGUCUGCGGACUAAUAUCGCAUCGUCACAUUGGAAUAGUAUUUCCAACAUUUCCAAUAAUUUUUGAGAAUAUUUUGAUACUUCUAAAUUAUGAUCUUGCUGCAACUUUCGACAAUAAACUUUCGUGAUACCGUUUUGGAGACAAAGUUGCAAAAUUACAGCGAAGCAUAGGCAUGCCGAAUGAUUCGUUCUCAUUUGGCAAGAAUUAUUACUGAAGCAUGAUGUCCUGAUAUCUCGGAUAUCAUAAUCUCGCUUUGAUGCAUUCCGAGAAAACAACGAUGAGCGAAACGGGGACACUGAACAAUCUGAAGAAGCAGCUGUGCCAAGCGUGUCGCGACCGUGACUCAUCUCACUUUCUCAUAGAACGAGCGCAGGCUUGCGCAAUUUCGUAUUUUUAUCCAUUGCAUCCUCGGCAACUUUUAGUAGCGGGCGAACAUGGCGCGACACAGUGCGCCAAAUAUGGAAAAUGAUACAUGCUGACGCGAUCUGUUUAUACGGCGAUAAGAAGCUUAUAUAACAAGAGCACGGCGAAGAAUGAGAUUAAGUUGGUUUUUGUUCCGCUCUUAUCAGUAUGACGUAUAUGAAAGAAUUCGGUGGAAUAAAUUAAAGCUAAAUGCGAAUUAUGCUUCACCUUGAGGAGAAAGUGUGUGUGGGAGACUAUACAAAAUUGUAUUCGCAGUAUAUUGACGAUGUGUUAAAUAAUUUACUGGCAAUCUCCGAAAAUGCAGAUACUCUAUACGCAAGCUGGUUUUAAUAAUGUGCCAAUAAAGUGCGCAAUCCAAUGCUGGCAAAUGAUACUCCUGAGGGAUAGAAUACGUUUAUGAACGAUUUAUUUGUAUGAUUAAAAUUCGCAAGGCAAAUAUUUAUAUGGGGUUCUUAAAAGUCUUCUGAAAUGCAAUAAUGAAGGAGGUAACGAUCAAAUGGAAGAAUUUGCAAGAAGAAUUACUACUGAUGAGAUCAUAAAAUUGGGAAAAAAGGAGAAAAAGAAAAAGAAUGCUGUGAAUGGAAAACCUGGCGGUGCCAAGCGCAACCGCGGCACCAUGCGAGGCAGGACCGGGUUUAGAGGAAGAGGAAAUACGAGAAUUAAUAAACGCAAUGUCGGGACUGCCGUGAAGAAACAUCCGCAGCAACAGACUUGGCAGCGCAAUGCGAAUAACGCGACUAACGCUCGCGCUGGCUUCGCUAAGAAUCGAUUCAAGAAAAAUGGCAAUCUCGCGAGAUCGCGCAGCAACUUGAGUUUGAAUCAGAAGCCGAACGCGAGAGGCGCAUUCAACGUGCGCCGUACCAGAGGCAGCAGAUUCGGGUUGACUCGCAGCAGAAGCCGAACAAACCUGACGUUUAAUCAGGGCGGCUUCUUCACGAACAACAAGAGCCCGUUGAAGAGAACGAACAGCUUGCCUAAUUUACGUGAUCCGAACUCUGUCCACAAUCGUCUGGGAUACCAGAGUCCCGCUCAGAUUGCCUAUCGAAAUCGCGUGAAACGAGCGAAGCAGCUGCUGCUACAAAGACAGACUCAGAGGCUGGGCAUGCAAAAUCAUUUCAGAAUGGCGCAGACUGGACAGAAGACUCUACUCUCGAUGCAACCGACAACUUUGGGAAGACAACAGAUAUUAACGUCGCAGCGUCGUUUCACAACUGGCGGACUGCGUUCCGAUCAAAUCGCUCGUGCACAGAGGCGGGCGCAAUAUGAGCAAAAAUUGAUGAGGAUGAACACUGCCCAAUUGACUCCGAGUCCGAAUGUCAAUUUCAUGUGCACGCUAGGAAGUGAAUACACGCCUACCGCCACGCGUCAACGACCUCUCACUCUAAUACAAAGUCGAAAUCCCGCGACUAUCGGUGGUGCGCCGAGAGUAUUAUCUAGAGGACGAUCACCAUACAGACAGAGUACGCAGGCUUUGAAUAUGACUGUUCGAGCACCGUUAUUUAACCGGCAGCGUUCGAGAUCAAGAUCGCGAUCACGCUCGCGCACACGUAAUAACACUACCACGUCCGAUUCCAGCGGGGAUGUCGACGAUCGUAGUUUCAGCGAAAUUAUGUUUGGCCUGUCGGGGAACCUCGGCGUUACGGGUCGAACCCUUAACGAUCGGUUUAGCUUUUAAGCGGUAGUAUCGCAAACUUAACUUUAUAUAAUUUAAAUUUAUUGAUAUUUUACUGAUGAUUUCGCCGGUAAUGUUGGAAAGGAUAAAAAAAUUUAUUUUAACAAUGUAGACAACGCGACAACAUUAUUGAUCUUUCCUCUUUUGUUAGAAAUAUAUAAGCAUUAUUAUUAAUGACAAGUGCGCAACGCAUUAAUUAACAUUCUCACAAAUAUUUUGCUUAUUUUACGCAAAAGCUUAUUCGAAAUACAGUUUCUUAACAUUUGCACUGUUAAUGUGUGUACAAACUAUUUGUAGAAUAUAUUUUGAGAUGUACUAUCACACCUUCAUGAAGAAUGUAUGAUGGUACGAAUAAUAUGAGGUGUGCGCGCGUGAUUAUAAUCUGUCACGAUUAAAUCAUUAUAUAUAUUUUUUUUUAUCUAAACAUAUCUUAAAAUCCGAAUUAUUUCUACAAAAAAUGGCUACACACUUUAUAAUAAUUUAUCAUGAUUUAGAAUAAUUAUUAGCACAAAAAAUCUCUAAUGAUAAGAACGGAAAAAACAAAAUUGAUAACGAUGCCACGAUAGUUUCACAACUGCUUGUUGGUAAACGUCUAUGCAAAGUCCAAUUGACAUGCUGACUGUUAAUUGCGAGUUGAAGAAAUUUCACUUUUUUGCCGUGCAAUAAUUUUUGCAUAAAGUAUCUUUUGAUUAAAUAGAAUAUAAUUGAAGAAUUAAAUAUCUAGUGCAGAGUUGUGAUUUAUUGAUAAAUUUUGAUAUAAAAGUAAAAUCGUUUUCAACAUACGCUAGAUACAUUGAAUAUGUAAUAUAGACUUCAUCUUUUGAAAUGUAUUUUCUUUUGCUUUAAGAAAUAUACAAAUACUGA